CUGGCGAAUGCGUUUCAGCCAUGUUGUGCGUUUGAAUGAGGAAGAAGCGGGAGAGGUUGUCGGUUUUUGCUGUAUUUUCUGUUCAAAUGGUUUUUGAGUAUUAUCACAGACAUAUACCCUGCUUAAAUUAGAUAAUCAAAUGCAGACAUAAAAGAAGAAGUCGGAGCUGUGUUCAGCAAAGGACUGAUUAAAUAUCUGGGACAUAUUUUAUAUACCUCAACGUGACGAGCUACUUAGCUAGCCAAUAAGCUAGCUACAUCAAGGGAAACAUAUUGGGCUAGGCUAGGCUAGGCUAGGCUAAGCUAAGCUAAGCUAUGUGAGUUCAGAGUGAGUGGAAGCGGACUUUCGGCAAGCUUUGACAGCUUGGUUGGCGCCGUUUUACGAGGGUUUCAACUUAUAUCUACAGAAUAUUUUCCGUAUACACUAUUUUAUGAUUUCAGAAUAUGUUUAAUAAACUCUACGAAUGGAUCGGAACAGGCUUCGCCAAUCUCCGCAACGGCGCUGCUUCCAUCGACCAUCCGGUACCAGGAACUCGGCAAGACGUUCAGAUCAAGAGGAAAAGACCGAUGAGCUGUGUGGAAGAUGAAGAUGCAGUUGCCCAAGAGGACAGGAGCACGAAGAAGUCUAGGAUAGUGGAUUUAAUGGGCACGGUGAAGAAUGCCGCCGAGGGCGUCAGGAACCAGAGCUCCAGUGUGGCGUCCUGGAUGCGCACCAGUGUGAUGAACCCGUCCCUGAGCACCAUCCUGUCCCCUCCAGCUCGCUCUACGCUCACCAUACCUUCGGACCUCUCAUCUUUUCCAGCUCCAUCCAGGUCUACCUGCAGAGGCCGAGAGCAUCUGGAUAAGACCGCUCCUUCGCAUGAAUUUUUUGUUGUUCCUUCAACUGAUGCGGCGUUAAAGUGUUCCUCUAAAACAGAAUCUGUGAGGGUGGAGAAGCCUUUGAGUAGCUUAAAGAGCUGCAGAAGGCAGGUCCACCCAGAUCCUCAGUUCAGCAGGAUUUCCAAAACCAAUGGCCACUCUGUCAGCCCUCCAGCUUGCCCGUGCCCUCGCCUGGGAAGGUCCCUGAAUUUGGGACAGCGAAGGUCCCUCAGCCAGCUGUCUGCACUGCAGGACGGUGCAAGACCCUCCCCUGCGUCCAGCGCCUACGAGGCGCCCUUUCCUGUGCGUGGGAUGCAGCCGCCUCUCAGCCCCCCCUGCCAUCGCCGAAGACGGCCGCUCUGCACAGCCCAGGAGUCGGUGCGUGAAGAAGAGAAGGAGGUCUACAGGCAGCUACUGUCCGUGGUGUCCGGGGGUCACUGUCCACUCUUCGGAGACGGUAGCUCCUACACUCCUCUCCGCUCUCACCGAGACCUCACCAGCUUCCUCACCUCCAGUCGUCGGCUCCUCCAGUGCACGUACUCUGCAGAGCAGACACAGCUGGGCACUGUGGAGCACCCCAGUUCCCCUCUCAGUCCUCAGGUCGAGUCGAGUUUGAGUUCCAGUAACAUUCCCAGCCCUGCAGAUGGGUCAAGUGGGACGGAGACCCAGGCACCCCUGUCAGAUGUGGGCUCUGCGAGUCCAAACCCGGCUGCCCUCCAUGACACAUCCUCCCAGGAUACACAGUCAUUAGCACAAGACGGAGACUCUGUGAUAUUUGUGAAGGAACAACAGGGCAAGGAAGCCGACGGCUCGAGCAUUCCCUGUUUCAAGGCUGAGCUGUGGAUCAGAGAGCUGACCAGUUUGUAUGAUUCUCGGGCCCGAGAGCGGCGGAGACUGAUCGAGGAACAGGAAGCCCUCACUGCACGCCUCUUAAAACAGCGUCUGUCGGACGAGAGUCAUGUGGUUCCCGGGGGUGUGGAGCUGCAGGUACGGGUCCCUCUAGAGAAGGAGGUCCCCCUGGCUCCCAUUGUCCAGGAUGCCAAGGCCAGCCAGGUGGAAGCAGAAUUCCCCGAACUGACAGAGGCCAUGGAGGUGGAGAUCAGCAGGGCCCUCAGAGGGGGCAGCCUUGAUGAAGUUCUCAGUGAAGGUUUCCGGCUCACGAUCACCCGUAAAGACCUGCAGACACUCAGCCACCUCAACUGGCUGAAUGACGAGGUUAUCAAUUUCUACAUGAAUCUGUUGGUGGAGCGAAGCAGACAGCCGCACCUGCCGUCAGUCUAUACCUUCAACACCUUCUUCUACCCAAAGCUGCGGAGCUCUGGCUUCUCCGCGGUGCGACGCUGGACCAAGAAAGUGGACAUCUUCUCCUCAGACAUCCUGCUGGUCCCCAUCCACUUGGGGGUUCACUGGUGCUUAUCUGUGGUAGAUUUCCGGAAAAAGAGCAUCACUUACUUUGAUUCCAUGGGUGGCAGCAAUGAUGAGGCCUGCAGGAUCCUUCUGAAGUACAUAGAGCAGGAGAGCUAUGAUAAAAAAGGCCAGCAGCUGGGAACCUCCUCCUGGGUCCUAGAGAGCAAGAAGCGUAACGAGAUUCCCCAGCAGAUGAAUGGCAGCGACUGUGGGAUGUUUACAUGCAAAUAUGCCGAGUACAUCGCCAAAGACAGGCCAAUCACGUUCACACAGAAACAUAUGCCCUAUUUCCGGAGGCGGAUGGUUUGGGAGAUCCUGAACAGGAAGCUGCUGUGAAACAUGGGAGGGUUUCCUGUGUGGGGUCACUGUCUCCAGCAGGACCUGUACGACUUGCCAUCACUUCCACAGCAACCUUCUGUGUCACCAGGACUUUAUGACCGCUGGAGAACCCCCAGGAGAAUAGGGCCACUGGCUUUGCUGGACAAGUUCAUUACACACAAAAGUUCAUCUCUACUGCUUUAUUUAAGGUGUAUAUAUUUAGCUGAAAUACCUCAAUUGUUUCUCAUUUAUCUGCUUUUUGUUCUCCGGCACCCUGAAGCACCUUCAACAUGCACCAACUUCAUUAUCCACUUCAUCAAAUUAAGUGUUUUCCGGCGCACUCAAACGCACACAACCAUUUCUGUCAUUGACACCAAAGCCAUGACCCAGUUCUCCUUUCUGAAGACUGACAGCGUGCAGUAGAGUUGGGAACAAUGUAGAAAAUGUACUUGGGCUGUAAGCUGCAGUGACAGCGCCCCCUUCUGGUUCCAAGCCCCCUUGUCAAGUUCCCUGUCACCAGCAAGUUGUGGGAGAGUGUACGCCACUGGUUAUGGAGCGUCCUGGAUUUUUGAUGCUACGGUCACCCUGUUAAUUUCUGGUUUGUCACUGGGUGUGGCUGGGGUAGCUGGAGAUGGUUAACUACCAGGUUAUAACGGGUCAGCUCGUUAACAGAGCCAGAGUCUGGCAGCUCAUGUAUUUUUAACUGACUCAAUGUGGAAAUGAAACUGAAGCGAUUUGUGGACAGAUUAUUUUAUUACAGCCCUUUUAUGAGGUUUUUGCAGGAUAUUUACAAACUUUUGUAUAUACAAAAGUAAAAGUUAAGUAUGUUUCAUCUACAUUUUGUACCUUUUAUCAGUUUUGUAUCCAAAAAAAGAUUUCUUUGUAGAAAUAAAUUCUUCAAGAAGCACUA